AAGAAGUUUAAAAUUAGAACAAGGUGUGAAUAUCAAUCAAGAACACUCCAGUUAAGCACAUGGUCGCAUUUUCAAAGGAAAAAAAAAACUUUUAUUUAAUUAUUCAAAACAGCAGACAAAUGUAAUUGAGACACAUAUUGAAAGGUUUUUCUGGUUUCAAGAGAGAACUUGAGUUAUAAAUGAUCAGGAAAAGCUUCUUCGGUCAUUUAAAAUUAAAUGUUAAACACAUACACAGUUCACAACUGUAUGGGACAUAUCAUGUGAUGUCCACAUCAUACAAACCACCAAAGUGAGCAAUCAGUGUUUAAUAGGAAACGGCACUAAUCACAGGUGUCACAGGUUCUACAGAUGUACAGAGAUGAGCCUGACCCACAUUAGCGCUCACAAAUUCUGAUAGAUGUGAGAUCUGCCGAGGUAUUACUUAUCAAACCCAUAAUAACAUCUCUUCCUUAAACUAUUCAUAUUACUCUGUUUAAGCUCUGAACAUUUAAGAAAUUUGCAUUUUGCCAAUAGAAAGAUUGUUUUUUUAUAUAAAUACGGAAAUAGUGAUGCUUUGCAUAAACGUAAGAAUAGUGACACCAGCUUUAUUCAAGCGUUUAGUUGGACAGUGAGUAAUUUAGAAUAACUAACAGAGGAAUUAAUUAUGAGAUGAUUGCCUGUGGCAGAAUAACACCAUAGCACAUCUCCGCCGCUGUACAUCUAAACCUACACGUCUCCAAAAAGGCCAUGGCAGACUUUUCGCUUGCUGACGCAAUCCCAGAUGAUGUUUCUAAUGAAGCAUCGAAAACUAAACACACCAAUCCAUCAGCUCCUGGAAAUGGGGCUCCGCCCCCCACUAAUCCUGGCUGGCCUGGUGCGGCCCCCGGUGGCCCUCAUUUCCCACCCUCAGGAGGCCCUGCCCAACCAACAGCACCUGGCUUUCCUCAGACUGGGCCUUCUGCCCCCGGUCCGUUUCCACCCGGCCCAGGAGCCCCGGGCCAGUUUCCCGGAACCCCUGCUGCCCCAGGGGGAUAUCCUCCAGGACCAGGCGUACCUGGACAGUUCCCCUCAAACCCUGGAGCUCCAGGACAGUUCCCCUCCAACCCUGGAGCUCCAGGACAGUUCCCCUCGAUGCCAGGUCAGUUCCCACCAGGUGGGGCACCCGUGCCAUACCCCGUUCCUGGACAGUUCCCCUCCCCACCUGGGGCUCCACAGGGCCCAUAUCCAAACGUGCCUUACCCAGCAGGUCCAUCUGGGCCUGGCAUGUACGGCCCAGGAGGCCCUGGUGCCUUUCCACCAGAUGGAGGCCCAGGAUAUGGAGGAGGAAUGUUUCCCCCAGUACCACCAGGAUCCUGGGGUUCACCCGGAGGGGGCUUCCCUCCUCAACCUGGCCCACCAGGAGGCUUCGGUCCAGGGCCCAUGGGACCAUAUGGAGGGCCUGCAGCUCCAGGUGGAAUGCUGCCAUUGCCGUACGAUCUUCCGCUGCAUGCAGGGGUAAUGCCCCGCCUCGUGAUUACUAUAGUGGGUGAGCCAGUACCAGGAGGAAACAGGUUCCAUGUAGAUUUUGUGAGGGGGCAUGACGUGGUUUUCCAUUUCAACCCUCGUUUCCAUGAGAACACCAUCGUACGGAACACACAGCUUGGGGGCUGCUGGGGUCCGGAGGAGAGGGAGGGAGGCUUUCCCUUUGUGCAGGGCAGACAGUUUGAGCUGAAGAUCCUGGUGGAGACAGACGGGUUUAAGGUGGCUGUGGACGGCGUUCAUCUGCUGGAGUUUGAGCACAGAACAGGCGGGAUGGAGGAUGUCACUCGCCUGCAUAUAGAGGGUGACCUCGUCCUGUUCAGCGCAGCCCCCAGCAUGAUCUAAAUCCCAGGGGCGUAGGAGCGAUUUGACAAUGUUGAGGAGACACAUUAAGUCACUGGUCCUUGAAAAGUAUAGAUUAUCUUCAAAAAAGUGGGACAAACUGAAUUUUUUAAAAGCUAUAACGAUGUAUCUGUUAUCUGCCUCUUCAUUGCAGAUUAGCCAAACUCAGACACACGAUCUAAACAAAUGACAUACAGAUGUAGAGAAAGUCCCUCUGAGAGGUCACCAGGACACUGAUAUCACUGAUAUGUCUAAAGCACCAUAACUUUCUGUUUUUCCUCAUUCUGUCAGCUGUCAGAAUGCAUUAUGCUAGUUAACUUUUCGCAUGUAUAUGACAAAUUUUGUAAAAAUGAAACAUAUAUUGUUCCAAACACACCUAUAGUAUGAACUUCAGUAUUAGCAUGGUAUAGUACCAAGGCCCAUGAGGGGUCAUAAACUCUAAUUCAGGAAACUGCAGACCAGAGCUGUGACACUGUGCUGAAUUGCAUCAGAUCUUAAUGGCUGAAUAUUAUUUUAUUUGGUAUGGAUUUUGGAAAAUGUUCAUUAUUUUGAAUAAAACCAUAUUAAUGAAAUCAUUGUGAUAACGGAGAUAAGUAAAUAAUUAUUUCCGAAUAAAUGCUGUAUUACCCCGAUUGAAAUGUGCUUGGUCAUAUUAUACUCUGCAUGUUGACCUGAGAUAAGAGGAAGUAAUUUAACAUAAAAAUUACAGUUGUAAAGACUAAUUUUACUGUGCCCUGUAAGUAUGCACUUAUGCCAUGUCAUAAAAUUGUGCCUUUGUCA